UGUUAGUUUACAUUAUUUCUAGUAAAGUUCGACACCCAAUUCAGUACCUCUACCCAACAAUUUCGCAGCGUGACUUUACUCCAUUGCACGUAUCGAAAAAAGAACCAGGGAAACGUACCGAACAUUUUUGGCGAACUUCCAAUACAACGCACAUAAAAUGCCAUUAUACCUGAUGGAUGCCUUCAGUCGAACGUGAGAAUUGCGCUACAAGCAUGAUCAAACAUUUUGGAAUUCUCGUUUCAAUCCUCGCAGUCGUAAGCAUUGCGUAUGCGAACCAACACAAGAUCGUCCAGAAGAGUCUCAGCGAAGCCAACGCCGAAUGUGGUUUAUAUAGUCCUUCGGGCCCAUGCCGGGCACGAUGUGUGACGCUGUUGACCCGUGAUUGGAACGACACGGCCGGACUGAGUCCAGUGUACGAUCGCUUCUACCGACCGGAUCCGAACGAUCACUGCAAUAGCAACCGCACGCAAAGAUGUUUGAGCGAUCUCGGAGCAAGGGUGGCUCCGGAAGGCACGUGUCUUCGCGCUUCCGGAUCUGUCCAGUGCUAUCUUGAUCAGUACGGUGAGGUGAACAUGAAUGCACCAAGAUUUGUGAAGCCCACCCCGCUGCAGCAGCAGUUGAUCAUUUGGGAGUGUGGCGCCAUGCUUGGCCUUUCGGGUGAUCAAAUUCUACGUUCGAUCGGGGAUUCUGACUACAGCAUGCAGGAGACGCGAUGUCUCUAUCGGUGCUACCUGAUUCGAAGCGGAAUGUAUACCGACGAGGGCGGACUGAAUAUGGAGAGAUUUUAUGUGGCUUGCGGAGGAUACGAAGACGAGUUCUACCAGAAUGUGACUCAGUGUGCGGAGCGAGUGCGAAGUUCAACGAGUUGCGAUGAUCGGUGUACGCUGGCACAGCGACUGGCAUCGGAAUGCAUCGGAGCGCGGUAUGAUCAAAAUCUGAACCCUGGAGGAGCUAAUAUCGAUGCGCGGGAUGGUUCUACUGUCACUUAUGCUGUUUUCCAAAAUUAUGCUGGACGAGAUAUGACAAACUCUUUCGUACUAAAUCAAGGAUAA